AUGGGUACUGAGGCGGUAUUCCAUUCGGCGCUCGUUCUGCAGGACGAGUUAACCGGCGCGGUCGGUCAUCUACUCAGGACCUGUCAGCUGUUCGGUGUCGCUCCGUGGAAUGUGGAGCUAUACGGGAAACCGAAACGGACUCGAUGGACCCGGGCGGUACGGGCGCUGAAUGGCGUUUACUCGGCCAGCAUCAUCGUGGCCGUGUGCACCGCCAAUUUACUGCACCACUCGGACGCUUCAUCGUCGCACUUCUUCGCCAUACGAACGCUGUACCUGUGCGAAGAUGUCACCGUGGCCGUGAUCACGAUCUUGGCCCUGGUCGGAUGCCAAUGGUUGCGGCGCAGCUACUCGAAGUGUGCGCUCCAAAUAGUGCUCCUCGGGACCACCCUGUCCAGGGUGGGAUCCGUAAUUGGUUUCGAGCGUAUCGAGGUGUCCAUUUCGAAAGCCCUGCUAGGUACGCUACUGUACUCCUUCGCGAUCGUAGCCAUCGAUCUGGUGCGAUACUUUGACCACUUAUCGGAUUUCGUUUGCCGUACGCUCCUGUACACCGUACCGAACGUGAUCAACGUGUUGGCGCUCUAUCAGUAUUUCGUCCUCCUGUGGCUCAUUGCUUACCACUAUCGGGCCAUCAACGGGCAGCUGAAAACGUUCAGCAGAGCCGCGUUUCCACCAAAAUCCCAUCACAAACGAAAGCACGUGGAAGUGUUUUCCAUAUCUCCGCCCUACGCUAACGAUCGGGCCAAUGUGCUCGACAUCUUACGCAAAGCGCACCUCCAGCUGAGUGAACUGACCGCGCAGGCGAACGACUGCUUCGGGUUGUUGAUCCUCCUUACGACGGUGUCAUCUUUCGCGGUGCUUACCCUGCAACUAUUCGGUGUCUACAAGGCGACCACGAUACAGACGUGGACGUACGAUCAUACCACCAAACUGGCGUAUGUCGUGCUGUGGAUUGUGUUGCACGGAAUGAAGGUGUUGCUCGUGCUGUAUCCUUGCCGGACGGUGCAGGAGGAACGCGAUCGUACCGGCCCCAUACUGUACACGUUCAUACCGAGUGCCGUCGAUUAUUCGAUAAAUAACGCGCUGCUACACGAAAAGGAUCGCUUCAUGGCCUGUGGUGUGAUUGCGCUCGACAUGACGCUGGUUAAUACUAUGGUUGGAGCUCUCACUACGUACCUGGUUAUCCUGAUUCAGUUCGAUUCGACGCUUGUUCAGAGCGUCGCCGGUGGUACUCCGAAUGCCAGCUUGCACGCCUAA